GUGCAGCCAAAACCCAGAAUCUUCUCAGAGGACCAAUAGUCGAUUAUCACUUGUUGACAAUCGAUUAUCUGGGUUACCGUUGUCCUCCAACGGAUAGAAUUUUAAAUUUUUGGACAGGGAAUCUUUGGAUAAUCGAUUAUCAAGCUUUGACAAUCGACUAUCACCCUGUGUCUCUGAAAAAUUUGUCUUCAUCCUGUUGGAAAUUCUUGUGGUUUUUCGUCGCCAAUCAAGUGGUGGAAAUAUAGCUCCGCAGCCGAUCUCCCACUAAACUUUCUUUCUCACUAGGGUUUCAAUGUCAACAAUGCUAUCCAAUCCAGCUCACCCCUGAACCAAAUCUUCGGCGAUCCUUUACAAAUACUCCUUUUUUCUGAAUAUAUUUAUAUAUGCUUUUUCAUAAUUACAACGCGCAGCUCCUGUCGAUUCAUCUCCUAGUUUUAUUGGGCUUCAACUAAGAAUUGGAAUAUAUUGAAAGAUAGAGGAAUGACAUGAGUGGGGCAGAGAUAACUGUGUCAAAACAAAAGCCAACACCUGUUUCUGUGCCCCUGGCGACUCUAAUUGGUCGCGAACUCAGGAACAAAGGCAAGGCAGAGAAGCCCACAGUGAAGCAUGGUCAGGCAGCUCUAGCUAAGAAAGGGGAAGACUAUUUUCUAAUUAAGCCUGAGUGCCAGAGGACUUCUGGCAGUUUGUUGACCACAUUUUCGGUUUUCGCGAUCUUUGAUGGACACAAUGGUAUAUCAGCUGCUAUAUUUGCAAAAGAGAAUCUGCUUAACAAUGUACUCAGCGCUAUUCCCCAAGGACUUGGCAGGGAAGAGUGGCUUCAAGCCCUUCCUCGAGCACUAGUUGCUGGUUUUGUAAAAACCGAUAUAGAAUUUCAGCAGAAAGGCGAGACAUCAGGCACAACUGUAACAUUUGUCGUGAUUGAUGAGUGGACUGUGACUGUUGCAUCUGUUGGAGAUUCCCGAUGCAUACUGGACACACAAGGAGGGGUUGUUUCACUUUUGACUGUUGACCAUAGGUUGGAAGAAAAUGAGGAAGAACGGGAACGUGUCACUGCAAGUGGUGGUGAAGUUGGGAGGCUCAAUGUCUUUGGUGGUAAUGAGGUUGGUCCACUCCGCUGUUGGCCCGGUGGGUUGUGCCUUUCAAGGUCAAUAGGUGAUACAGAUGUUGGAGAGUUUAUUGUCCCUAUACCUCAUGUUAAGCAAGUGAAGCUUUCUAGUGCUGGUGGACGGCUUAUAAUUGCCUCUGAUGGCAUAUGGGAUGCUUUAUCAUCUGAUUUGGCUGCUCAGUCUUGCCGAGGUUUACCUGCAGAACUUGCUGCAAGGCUGGUUGUUAAGGAGGCUCUAAGGACACGGGGCUUGAAAGAUGACACAACUUGCUUGGUUGUUGAUAUUAUUCCAAAUGACCGUCCUGUCUUACCUCCAACACCUAUGAAGAAGCAAAAUCUGAUUAGUUCAUUCAUAUUUGGGAGACGAUCGCACAAUUCCAGGUCAAAUAAACUCUCUGCAGUUGGUGUUGUUGAGGAAUUGUUUGAAGAGGGAUCCGCAAUGCUUGCAGAGAGGUUGGGUAAGGAUUUUCCUCUCGACCCAAGCUCUGGUCUCUUCAGAUGUGCAGUUUGCCAAGCAGAUCAGCCACCAAGCGAUGGUUUGUCUGUAAAUUCCGGACCCUUUUUCUCCCCUGCAUCAAAGCCAUGGGAAGGCCCAUUCUUGUGUUCAAAUUGUCGUAGGAAGAAAGACGCGAUGGAAGGAAAAAGGCUGAGCAGACACGCGGUUACUGCUUAAUUUUCUUGGACAUAAUAGUGCCGGUGUUUAAGCAACCUUAACUGCUUAAUUUUCUUAACAUGCUAGCGCCGGAGUCUAAGCGUGCUUGGUAAUCACCUGCAAUAGAUUGUGUAUGAAAUGUGCUGAGUUAGGCGUCGUUCUGUAUGGUGGCAAAGUGUUUGUUGUUUUCUUCUUAUUUGUUGAUAUACAUGUGUUGUUCGACUGAUCAACGGAUAUCAGAAGCUGAAGUAUAUUUACAUAAUGAUUGCUAACAGCUUGAAUAUUUGUAAGUAAUGAAUGGAAAAAGGUGGCGUGUGAAAACUAUUU